GAAAACAGACGCAUGAGUAAAGGAAUAGUAGAGGGCUACCCCCCUCCUCCUCACUUCCUCUCCCACUCUUUCUCCUCCAUUGACAGAGCUGAGAGAACGCUCCCCAGGUUAGACAUCCAGACAGACCUCUCUCCACUACAUGGACUAUCUACCACAGCACACAAAACAGACACCUUCUAUUGUUUCGACUUUCGUUUGGGGGGAAUUGUGUGUGUUUUCCUUUAAAAAAUCUGUCUUUCAAUGCAACAAUGAAGCUUUGUUGGACUUAAGUUUCCACAGAACCAGGAGCCGGUACAUCAGAACGCCGAAGAAGACUUAGGUCCGUUUUCAGAGCGAUCCUGUCGGGUUUUUGGACAGACUGGUUUCCAGGUGCGGUUGCUCCAACAGAGAUGGGCUCAGACGUACGUGACCUCAAUGCCCUGCCCCCGGUGCCAGCCCUGCCAGGGGGGAAUGGGAACUGUACCCUGCCCGUCAGCAGUGCCCCUCAGUGGGGCCCUGUACUGGACUUCCACACUGGCGCCCCCUACAGCUCGCUGGCCCCCCACUCCUUCAUCAAGCAGGAGCCCAGCUGGAGCUCUGGGGAUCCCCAGGAGGACCCUCACUGUGGCCUGAGUGCCUUCACCCUGCACUUCUCUGGCCAGUUCACUGGCACAGGGGCCUGCAGGUACGGGGCCUUCGGGGCCCCCCCUCCACCCAGUCAGCCCCCACCAAGCCAGCCAAGGAUGUUCAGCAACGCACCCUACCUGACCAAUUGUAUGGACACCCAGCCCUCUUCCAGGAACCAGGGUUACAGUGCUUUCGAUGGUGCCACUAAUUACGGUCACACUCCCACACAUCACUCCUCCCAGUUCCUCAGCCACUCCUUUAAAGAUGAAAACUCCCUAGCUCAGCAGACCAGUAUGGGUGAGCAGCCGUAUUCUGUCCCUCCACCCGUGUAUGGAUGCCACACCCCAUCAGACAGCUGUACAGGCAGCCAAGCCCUACUGCUGAGGAACCCUUACAACAGCAGUGAUAAUUUAUACCAAAUGGCAUCUCAGCUGGAAUGCAUGGCAUGGAACCCUGUUAGCACGCUGGCUUCCACCAUUAAGAGCCAUGCUACGGGUUAUGAAAGUGACCCCAACCCUCCCAUGGUGUAUAGCUGCAGCACCCAGUACCGCAUCCACACCCACGGCAUCUUCAGAGGCAUGCAGGAUGUCCGACGGGUGCCAGGUAUCGCUCCAGCCAUUGUUCGCUCAGAGACCAAUGAGAAGAGGCCAUUCAUGUGUGCAUAUCCUGGCUGCAACAAACGAUACUUCAAGCUGUCCCACCUGCAAAUGCACGGCAGGAAACACACAGGUGAGAAGCCCUACCAGUGUGACUUUACCGACUGUGGACGAAGGUUCUCCAGGUCAGACCAGCUCAAGAGACACCAGCGAAGACACACAGGGGUUAAACCGUUCCAGUGCGAGACGUGUCAGAGAAAGUUCUCGCGGUCUGACCACCUUAAGACCCACACCCGGACUCAUACAGGUAAAACAAGCGAGAAGCCCUUCAACUGCAGAUGGCCCAACUGUCAGAAGAAGUUUGCCAGGUCUGAUGAGCUGGUUCGUCACCACAACAUGCACCAGAGGAACCUGACCAAGCUGCAGCUUGCCAUCUGAGCCAGAUCUGAACCAGACCACUCUGCUCUGCAUACACACUGGCCUCGCUGCUCUCUAACACUCUGCCUACAUGAGACUCUGAAUCUCCAUCUCGUCAACGAUGCCUGUAGCACAAAGGGGACACGCAGCAGAGCAGGUCUAUCCACUAGAUAGCACAGCCACAAAGUAAAACAUGACUGCGUUGUAAAGAUUCAUAAAAACAACAAUGAGCUUUUUAGUCUUAAUUUAAGGUAAGGGUUAGGUAUAAGGUUUUAAAGAAGAGAAAUUGUACAUAUUUAAAGAAGAGAAAUUGUAGGAAUAGGCAGGGUUUAUUACUUUGUGGCCGUGGUAACAGAGCAGGGGGCUGACAGUCUUGUUCAUCUGCACGUAGCUGUAGAGCCUCACCUACGCACAGUCCUCCAAACAGCCCCAUCUAAGGACGGUCCUCUGUCCAGAUGCUCUAAUCCAGAGGGUUAUUUUUAGUAAGACAUUUAAAGAGGAAAAAAAAUUAUUUCUGUCUUUUGUUGGUGUUGUAUACAGUAGAUGUGAAUUACUUUAUGCCUUUUUUUUCAUUUGUAGUGUUACUUUGAGCAGUUUCAGAUUAAUUUAUUAUUUUAUAAUACUUUUGUGAAUUAAAAUAUCUUUCACUGGAAUGAUUUCUGGAACGGGGGACAUUUUUUACUUUGGUCCAGCAGCAUGUUCAUCAUCGCUUUCGUUCAGUCCACAAAUUUGAUCUGCACCAGGUAGUUGAAUCCUAAAGCUACAGUAAGUCUGCUUCGGUCUGUGAUGUUGUCUGUAAAUAUUGUUUCACUUUGACUGUGGAUUUGGGGGAUGUGAGUUAAAAAAUAUACAUGUAUCGUCACACUGGCUAUAUGGCCAAGAAGUUGUGCUAUUAAAUGAUGUAAAUAAUAGUACUGGACAAUGGAUUGUAUUUGAAAAAAAUAUCCUUGCCAUGGAAACAUAUUAUACUUUAGACUAGACCUACUUUGAUAGAUCCAGGAAAUGCUUUUUUACAGUUUUUCUCAACUGCUAAAACACUAAAACCCAUUGGCUGAACAAAGUUCUCAGUUGCCUGGACUCAUUUAGCUAAUUAUGCAGUCUGUUGUUAAUACUUUAAACCGUUUCACAUGGUAAAACACAAUUUGCAGAUCUCACUUAGACUUUUCAGCAAAACUCUAAACACAUUCUCAUUCUCAAAACACAUUCUGCACUCUAAUGCACAUGUCAUCCAUACUGGUAAACACAAGUGGCAACAAUCAAAUACAAAUAGAGAAUACAUGUCAUUGAUUGAACACAACCUCUCAAGAUUGAUUUAACCUGUUUCAAAUGAUGCGACACAACCAAUAUAAGCCAGUUCAGAGAGCAAACAGGUUGUUGAAGGUGGGAAGGAGAAAGUCUGAGAAUGGAUACUGUAGUACAGUGCAUUGUAGGCUGUAUACUGUACAAUGGAUGAAUUGUAUGGCUCUGAACAUUGUGCUUUCCAUUUAUUAACAGUACUGACUGCUCAAUAGAUGUUGACUGGUUGCAGGUUCAUAUCAACAAAGAACAAGAAUUACAGUAUCACAGAGACAAAGGACAAGUUUGUGAGAUGCAGGGUACAGUACUGUAAAAAUAGGGGUACAAGGAGGAGGAAGAACAAAAAACAAAAUUGCAAAGCAGAGUAGUAAUUUCUGAUCAAUUUAGUACAUGUUUUCGUUCAUCAAAAGACAAUGAGAGAAAAAUAUGAAUAUUUUUUUAAAAUAAAAAAUGUACUUCUCCCUGAGAAUUGUAUGUUUUGAACAAUGUGUUUUCUAUUGCUUGAGAGUGUAUAUCACUCUCAAUCAUUUUGAUCACUUUGUUUAUGAUUUGAGAGCAGUGUUUCAUUUUGAACACAGGUAAAACUGUUUUGAGGUGAAUGUUUCAUUUUGCGAGAGGAGUCAGAGGUUAUGUAAAUAGUGCUUGAAGAUGAGGUUUUGUGUUGAAUGUUUUUAGGAAAUGGAGCAAGGUUUCAGAAAUAGUGUUUUAGCAAUUGAGAAAAACUGUAAGUGUCAAAACACUUAUCUGUCAUGGAAACAUUUUUUUUUUACUCUGAAGUGUAUUAUCAGUAUAUUAUGUUCUGUUCCCCUCUGUUUAAACUGUAUUUUCCCUCACUAUUUUUAUACAGUAUAUAUAUAUAUAUAUAUAUAUAUAUAUAUGCUGAUUCUGUUGUUGUUAUUUUUCCCCAUUGAGUUCUGUAUUAAAGUCCUCCAGUAGUGUGUGGCCUGCCUGGGCAGCUGUGUUGGCUCAGGGGGCCAGUGUUGAGUUACUUUUGCCCUCACUAACAGGGCUGAUCAACCGCGCUCCUGAGACCCAAUGACCAGACCAUAGCCUGACCUUAACCUGACCAGGUCGUGACCGCUCGUAGGUCAUCUUACACGAGUCGCCAGAGGAGGCUCAUACUGGCCAGCAUAAAAGUAGUUAUGAUAACAAAACAGAAUUCUUUGACUGUAGCUAACAUCCGCUGCUUUCUUUAUCUCGAACCAGAUUAUUAAAAAAUUCCUUGGCUUCUGAGUGAAACAGGAGACACAGAUAAACAUAAACAUGUUUUCUCUCAAACUCACUGUUGCUCAGCACUCCAUCUUAAUCAAGCCAGCUAUGCACUCUCCCUCCCUGCACUUAGAAAAAGGACACACUUCUAUGUUGUUUCUCAAUCAAGACAAAAAUAUCCUCUUUCCGUUGUCAGUUUUUUUAAUCAUUUGACAUUCACAUUAAUGCACUGUCACUGUGAAAACAACAGACAAAAAGCUUGCUAUAAUGUCAAAAUGUACUACAGCUAGCUUUAAAACAUCAAGCCUUCUCUCAGAGUGGCUGACUGCACGGUGAUAGUGUUUUAUCACAUUGGGGGAAUAUUGUUGUUGAGAUCUUCUUCUGUCUUUAACUAUUCGCUUGGCCCCAGUGUUGUGUAAAUCAGCUUGACUCUCUCACACUAUUACUCAUAUAGAAAAACGCUAUAUCUCAAGAGUGCCAGUGGUUAAUCUCUGUCCCAGAUUUCUGCUCCAAGGCCCAGCUCCACAGCCUUUGAAGAGAGGUGACUGUUUUUUGUAACUUUAGUGCAGUCCACUUAUAAUCGUCACAACAGAGGCUGUAUGAAAACCAUCCACUUAGAAAUAGUACAUUCCUUUACACAAAUGUGGGGCAUUCUAAGAGGAUAGGGUUGAAUGGGAAAGAAUACGGAUGACAUCAGUAUAGUGUACUGUCGUAGGACAACUUUACAGUACAUUAAACACUGCUUUCAAAGCC